AUGAAGCGGGUGUUUGUGACAGCCGUUUCCGUCGUUGUUUUGGUUGCGAUUAUCCUCGCCGCCGUCUUCAGUGCCGUUGGUAUUAGCCAGAAAAACAGUUCGAAACCAAGUACGACUCCUAAGUUGACUCCAGCUGCUUCACCGAAAAGUGUUUGCAGCGUCACUAGGUACCCGACUUCUUGUUUCUAA